AUGGCGGAGCUCUUCAGGAACAUUUUCGGGGGUGCCAAGCCCAAAGAGCCUUCUCCUGCACCCAAGGUUGAUUCCGACUUUGCCGACUUUGCCGCGCCUCCCGAUGCCGUCGCCGAGCCUGUUCCAGAUGCUGCUUCGCUCGGGAGCACCGCCGCUGGCGUCUCUGCCACGGCCGUACCGUACACCAAGUGGUACAACGUCCACGAGCGCCACUCGCUGUCCGAGUUCAAGGCCGAGGGGGUCAUUCUCGCCAUCUCGGCCGUCAUCUUGCUGUUCCACGUCAUGGGGGCGCGGGCCAACCGCUCCAAGGCCAGGUCGUGGAUACGAGCCAACGGCCCCGUUCUGCGCGAGGAGUUCGCCCUCGUCGGCUUCGGCGGCGUUCCCACCAUGGACACGGACGACAUCAAGCCGGACUCUCUGCUCAGGGAGAAGUCGCUGUUCGAGUUUGCCACCUACGCCUCCGGACGACAGAACACUGCCUUUGUGGACGUCAAGCUCACCUUGACCAAGAGGUUCAACCCGGUCGUCGACCUGGUCGAGACGGCCGCCGCCUUCCUGUCGGACCUGUUCGCGCCUCGCGGCGAUGUCAUGGAGGCCUUCCUGUACCCCUUUGACGGCAAGGAAAACCUCACGCUGCCCGCUCUACCCGGGGCCGAGGAGGCGCGCGCCAAGGACGGCAAGAGCACGUACGACGGCUUCGUGUGGGCCGUUGUCCACAAGGACAGCAUGAAGCGCCUCCGCGAGGACCGGUACGACGUCAGCCUCACCGCCACCAAGGACAACUCGAAGCUGCCGGCCUGGCUGACGGUCAUGAGCGAGAGCGCCGAGGUCACCGACACGAUGCUGACCAAGGACCUGGUUGACGCCGUUGCGGCCGCGGGCGACGACUUUGAGUACCUCAUCGUGUCUGACCAGCCGGUGGAGAAGCCGGUCAAGCUCGAGGACAGCCGGCCGCGCAAGCGCAUCUUCCUCAAGUACCGUCUGCCCUCUGACAACCAGUACGACAAGCUGGUGCCGGUUUUCCAGAGCUUCCUCCGGCUCGCCGACUUCCUCGUCCAAAACGCCCGAUUCAGACCCGAGGUGCUGAAAAAGGUGCGCGCCACGCGCGAGGCCACCAUUGCCCAGAUCAAGAAGGCCGCCGAGGAGGAAAAGAGCGAGGAGCGUCUGUGGGAGAAGGAAAAGGCCAAGAAGGCCAAGCGGGACGCCGAGCUGAAGGGCCUGGACGCCAAGGCGCAGAAGAAGUACCUGGAGAAGGAGAAGGAGAAGGAGCUUCGAAAGAGCCAGAAGAAGCUGACGAUGCGCGGAUAG